GUUCAAUCAGCCCCAAACGAUGACAAGGUUGCAAAGACCGACAGCGCCCAGCUGCGCCCAAGGCAGGACCUAGAAGGUGGGCGGGGGUUGGUGGUGACGUGGGCGGGUCCGACCCAAGCUCUCGCGGUUUAGCAGGAAGAAUUUGCCGGGGUUGGUGCUAGGGCUGUCCAAUCCGCGGAGUGGCACCACCAGCCCAGAGUGUCCCGAGGCGGCGGGAUUAAGGAUGACUUCGUACAGCCCUAGGUAUCUGUCGAUCCUCAAGAUGGCGAUGGUGCUUUUGCUCCUGAGUGUUGGCCUCUUUAUGUUCCGAAGCGUGUUCCUCGACACAGACUUCAGUCUCCUCAACUCACCCAUCCCUUCCCCCACCCUGGAAGCGCAGACGCUGAAGCUUCUACCUGAGAAACAUGUCAGGAGCCUCUUCACCUACAGUGGAAUCUGGGCUGUUCCCGAAAACCAGUGCCAAUGUGACACCUUCGGGCAUCAGGGAAGCUAUAAGUUGGAGGAUGCCUAUGACGGUCGUGACCUCCCCGCAGUGAACCUGAGGAGACAGGCUGAGCUCGAACACUUUCAGAGGAGAGAAGGGCUCCCUCGCCCACCGCCCCUGCUGGCUCAGCCCAACCUCCCCUUUGGGUACCCGGUCCACGGGGUGGAAGUGAUGCCUCUACACACCAUCCCCAUCCCAGGCCUCCGGUUUGAAGGACCAGAUGCUCCCACCUAUGAGGUCACCCUGACAGCUUCUCUGGGGACACUGAACACCCUUGCUGACGCCCCAGACAAUGUGGUGAAGGGCAGAGGCCAGAAGCAGCUGAACAUUUUGACCAGUAGCCGGGAGCUUUUGAACUUCAUCCUCCAGCAUGUGACAUACACGAGCACAGAGUACCACCUCCACAGAGUGGAUGUGGUGAGUCUGGAGUCCAAGUCCUCAGUGGCCAAGUUUCCGGUGACCAUCCGCUAUCCUGUCAUGCCCAAGUUAUAUGACCCUGGACCAGAGAGGAAGCUCCGAGACCUGGUGACCAUUGCCACCAAAACCUUCCUCCGUCCCCACAAGCUCAUGACCAUGCUCCGGAGUGUUCGUGAGUACUACCCAGACCUGACGGUGAUUGUGGCCGAUGACAGCAAGGAGCCCCUGAAAAUCACUGACAGCCACGUGGAGUAUUACACCAUGCCAUUUGGGAAGGGCUGGUUUGCUGGCAGGAACCUGGCCAUAUCUCAGGUCACCACCAAAUAUGUUCUCUGGGUGGACGAUGACUUCGUCUUCAACAGCAAGACCAGGAUCGAGGUGCUGGUGGACGUCCUAGAGAAAACGGAACUGGACGUGGUAGGUGGCAGCGUGAUUGACAACACAUUCCAGUUCAAGCUGUUGCUGGAGCAGGGGAAGAAUGGGGACUGUCUCCACAGGCAGCCAGGAUUUUUCCGGCCCGUGGAUGGCUUCCCCGGUUGCGUGGUGACCAGCGGCGUUGUCAACUUCUUCCUGGCUCACACAGAGCGACUCCAAAGAGUUGGCUUCGACCCCCGCCUGCAGCGAGUGGCGCACUCAGAGUUCUUUAUUGAUGGGCUCGGGAGCCUGCUCGUGGGGUCCUGCCCACACGUGAUCAUAGGUCACCAGCCCCAUUUACCAGUGACGGACCCAGAGCUGGCCGCCCUGGAGGGGAACUACAGCAGGUAUCGGGCCAACACCAAAGCCCAGAUCAAAUUCAAGUUGGCUCUCCACUACUUCAAGAACCAUCUCCAGUGUGCCACCUAAGGUAUCCGGGCAUUGGAAAAGCGCUGGGCUGCCUGGUUGCAAGUAUCUAAGACAGCGGAUGUGGUGGCUGGGAUACCAAUAUUUGAACUCCUCAUAAGAUAAGCAUUGUAAUGCCCAGGGAGCAGGGUAGGCAGGUGGGUCUGACUCCGUUACUGGAAGUACCAAUAAAAGUUCAGGGUCAUUAGAAAUGGACCAGUCACUGAGGUGGGCAAUGGAGACUUCAUUCAUAAUGAUUACGGCGGCGUUUCCAUCGUGGCUCAGAGGUAGCAAUCCAGACUGGUAUCCAUGAAGAUGCGGGUGGGAUCCCUGGCCUUGCUCAGUGGGCUAAGGA